AUUGUCCCGAUCCAUCCCCGAUUUCAUUCUUUCGAAAUAUAUUUCCAACCGAGCAACUGAAAAAUAUCGAAAUAUACAUAAUUUGGCUUUUAAUGAAGCUGAUAAUCAGGAAGUGAAGGAUAAACUCAAAAAAAUGAAAGAAACAAUAGAUGAAGCGAGGAUACUAAAGGAUUGGGAUACGUGGAUGCAAGAAAAAGCAGCAGUAUCUUUGGCUAAAACAUCAACAGACCUCGGAAAAGGUCAUAAUCAUAAUGCUCAAGAACAUAAACAACAGCCGAUAACCGAACAGAAUGUCGUUUCAGCACUUUCUUCGGUAGAAACAACCAUUUGCGGAGCAGUUGCGGGAAUGGUAUCGAGAUUUGUUGCUUCUCCAUUAGAUGUUGUGAAAAUUCGUUUACAGCUUCAACCGGGAAGACCAAUCAAUCCUAUAAUGUUAGGAAAAUUGUCAAACCAGUCUACUUAUAAUUCUAACAGUGUUGCAAGGAAGUAUAAUGGAAUGUUUCACGCAAUUAAAUUAAUUGUUCGAGAAGAAGGCAUUCAGGGAUUAUGGAAGGGUAAUCUUGCUGCAGAAUAUUUAUAUUUGACAUACGGUGCUAUUCAAUUUUUAACUUAUCAACGAAUGCAAAAUUUUUUCAACCAUUUUUAUCUGAACGAACAUGGGAAACCUAUCAUAAAUGUAACAUUACAACCGUUUUUCAGUGGAGCUAUAUGUGGAACAACUGCAACUGUCGUUACAUAUCCUUUCGAUCUGUUAAGGACACGUUUAGCAGCACAGGGUGAAAAGAGGACAUAUACAGGAUUAAAUCAUGCGGUACAGCAAAUUUAUACAAAAGAGGGAUAUAGUGGGUUCUAUAGAGGAGUUACUGCGUCGGUUGUCCAAAUUAUUCCUUAUAUGGGAUUAAUGUUUGGAAGUUAUGAAUUCUUAAAGAAAUCAUUUAGAAAGAUGGAGGAUAAGAAUAUUUGGUUUCAUAAUUUAAGAGGUGCAGAAGAUUUACUCAGCGGAGCAACUUCGGGAAUAGUGAGCAAAGCUGGUGUAUUUCCACUCGAUUUAAUAAGGAAAAGAUUACAAGUACAAGGUCCAAAUAGAACAAAUUAUGUUAUAUCAAAUGUCCCAUUAUAUUCUACUUCCAUUGUUGUUUGUAUUAGACAAAUAUUAAGACAUGAUGGAUUUUUUGGUUUAUAUAAAGGUCUUACACCUGCUUUAAUUAAAUCUGCUCCUGUUAGUGCCGUGACAUUUUUUGUUUAUGGACAAACAAAAAAGCUUAUAGAAAAAUUUCAUUCUCCAAAAGAUAUAUGA